AUGGAUUUGGAAUGGCUGUUGGAGUACUUGAAGGGUAUGUUGAAGCCAACUUUGGCUCUUGUUGUGGUGCUAAUGGCUGUGAUAUUGUCAUACAUGCAGAAGUUGGGUUUGGGGGGUGAAAUGGUUUAUUCAAUCUUCAGAGCUUUCCUUCAGCUCUCUAUUAUUGGGUUUGUUCUUGAGUUUAUUUUCACCCAGAAGAACGUUGGCUGGAUUGUCUUCGCUUACCUUUUUAUGGUUUGUGUUGCUGGUUAUACAGCAGGCCAACGCGCUAAACAUGUCCCUCGUGGGAAGUAUGUUGCAGGAGCCUCCAUUCUGGCUGGAACAGCAGUGACAAUGUUCUUGUUAGUUUUGCUGAAUGUUUUCCCUUUCACUCCACAGUACAUCAUCCCUGUUGCUGGGAUGAUGGUUGGUAAUGCAAUGACGGUGACUGGGGUUACAAUGAAAAGACUUCGAGAUGACAUCAAGACACAAAUGAGCCUGGUGGAGACAGCAUUGGCACUUGGGGCCACUCCCCGUCAAGCAACACUUCAGCAAGUGAAAAGGUCUCUUGUUAUUGCACUCUCCCCUGUUUUGGACAAUGCCAAAACCGUUGGUCUCAUAACACUUCCUGGUGCAAUGACUGGCCUUAUAAUGGGAGGAGCUUCUCCAGUGGAGGCCAUUCGGUUGCAGAUUGUCGUAAUGAACAUGCUUCUUGGGGCUUCAACUGUUAGCAGUAUCAUGUCAACGUACCUCUGUUGGCCUGCCUUCUUUACCAAAGCCUACCAGCUAGAAAUAAAGGUGUUUAUGUCGGAUUGAGAAUUUCUUGAUCUUCGUUCACUAUGAUCAUCGCCGUUAACUCUAUCGACCAAUUCGUGAAUAGGAGAAGCAAUACAGGCAUCAAGAGCUUAGUAGUUGGAUUUUGCUUUGGACCAAAUCUAGUUCUGAAUCACAUAACAGAGUCACUAAGCCUAGAGGCUAUCUACAACACAAGAAAUUGUAUAAUGUGCAAUUUAGUUACUUUGCUCUCUCUCUCUCUCUCUCUCUCUCUCUCACUCAGUGAUUACAAAUGUUGUUCAUGAAUCCAUUUGAUCGACAUUUUUGUGGUGCCCAUCAGGCAUAUUCCUUUAAUCCAUACCUUCUAAGAAGACAAGAGUGAGUACAAGUUUCUUCGACGGGAAACAGAUUGCAAUCCAUUUUGUCAUCUUAUCUCGAUGUUUGAAAUGAUACUUAGUGACCCGAUAAAAUAUCGAUUGCACACAAUUAGUUAUAGCUAAAAACCUAGCACUUUGGAGAACACUAUUAAAAACUUCAGAAAUGUUGGUUGUUAUUAUGUUAUAUCUUUGUUCACCAUGAUGGGCUAAUGUUCAGUUCUACACUUGUAUUCUGUUCAAGUACUCAACCG